AUGGAAGAAGCUCAUAACGCGCGGGUCUUAGGGUUGGGUCAGCAAGUUCUAGUCUUGGCCCACAGUUUUGGCACCAAUCAAUCAGUCUGGAAACACCUCGUCCCCCACCUCGUCCACGAGAACCGCGUCGUUAUGUACAACAACAUGGGCGCCGGAACCACCAACCCUGAAUACUUCGACUUCGAGCGCUACUCCACCCUCUUCGGCUACACCUACGACCUUCUCGCCAUUCUUGAGGAGCUUCAUGUCGAGUCAUGCAUCUUUGUCGUCCAUUCCGCCUCCGACAUGGUCUGCGUCAUCGCUGCAGUCACCCAACCCUCGCAAAACUCUCUCUGA